UUCUGACAUGGGCCCCAAGGUUAACCUGAGCAGUACCUCACGGACAGAUCAAGGUAACAUAAUUCACCGCCUGAAUGCUGGAAUGCUACAGAAAGUCCAAGAUAGACUUUGCAGGGAACUUCAGAAAGACACAAAUAACAUCUGAUGAGGCGGUGACCUAUCGAAUUAGUCAAGUUCAUUUUCAGGGCUCAUAUUUAAAAGGAGCAACAUUUAUUGCUCCUGCCACAGAAAAAGAGGCAAAGGAACUGCUAAAUGGGUUUGAUCAGACGAGGUUUAGUACAGCAGCUAGCCACCAGGAUGAGUACAGCACCAGCCAACGUCAAGGAAGGAAUUCUACUUGGACUGGGGAACCCCCUUCUCGAUAUCACCGUCGUUUCCGAUGCAAAGGUGCUUAAGAAAUACGAAUUAGAAGCGAACAACGCCAUAUUGGCGGAAGAGAAACACGAUCCCCUCUUCACAGAACUAAUGCAAGAGGAGUUUAAGCCGCAAUACAUCGCAGGAGGAGCCACUCAGAAUUCUAUCCGCGUCGCUCAGUGGCUGCUGCAGAAAAAGUAUGCGACUAGUUUUAUUGGCUGUGUAGGCAAUGACAAGGCGGCUCAGAUUCUAAAGGAGAAAGCCAAUGAUGUGGGUGUCAAGGUUUGCUACAUGGUCCACCCGGAGAAGAUGACCGGGUUGUGUGGCGCAGUGAUAACAGGCGAGGAUAGAUCUCUUGUCACAAAACUUGGUGCAGCCCGUAGUAUCUGCCAUUCGUUCCUCGAGACGGAAACACCGCAGAAACUAGUUGAAGCCGCACAGGUUUUUUAUGUUGGUGGAUUUGUACUGACCAACAGCACAGCAGCGGUUACUAAAUUAGGUCAACAUGCAGCAGAAAAUGACAAGCUUUUCGUCAUGAAUCUUUCCGCGCCUUUUCUCAUUGACUACUUUGUUGACCCAGAGUUGAAACUCAUGAACUACAUUGACAUUUUGGUAGGGAAUGAAGUAGAGGCUGUAACGUUUGCUGAUAAGAUGAACUUUGGCACGAAAGAUGUCAAGGAGAUUGCUGCAAAAACUGCUGCAUUGCCAAAGCAAAAUUCAAAGAGGAGGCGGACAAUUAUUUUCACAGCUGGCCAUGAUCCGACCAUUGUAUGGCAUGAGGGGAAUAUCAUUGAAUGGCCAAUCAACAAGGUUAACCCGUCAGAUAUCAAGGACACUAAUGGCUGCGGCGAUUCGUUCAUUGGCGGGUUCCUGUCUCAAUUGGUGCAGGGUAAAUCAAUUCACGAGUGCCUCAAGUGUGGAAACUAUGCUGCUCAGACCGUCAUACAGCACUUUGGUUGCACCUAUCCUGAUCACCCAGAUUUCUGAUGAGGAGCUGAGCCACUCUGCCACUGCAAUACUACCCAGUUGACAUGCCUACACAAUGGCGGGUACAUGUACUCUUUAUGUUUUCAACAGGAAAAGUACAUGAAUGUAUUUUGGAUCCACCUUUGAAUUCUUUGUCUUCCUAUGAAUGGUGCGCUACCUCAUCAUGACACAAUCACUAUCUUUUAACUUUUCAUGAAUAAACAGAGAGGCGGCUAUUCUGCUGACUCAGCUAUACCACACUGUACCCUGUUCUCUCAAAUCCUACUUUUUCAAACUCUGUAUUUGUAAUCUUUAGCGCUAUAUUAAAUUGUUGCAAGA